AAAAUAACCGGGUAGCGGUAGCGUUCGUUUUUUGGUUAUGUUUCCACUUUAACGUAACUAUAUCGUUUUUAUUUAUCAAAAUCUAGUGGAAUAACUCCUUCAAAAUGACGAUAGGAAAGAAUAAUAAAAUGAUCCAACACAUAAACUAUAGGGUCCGAAUAACACUGCAGGACUCUAGGACGUUUAUCGGCACCUUUAAAGCUUUCGACAAGCAUAUGAACAUGAUACUCGGCGACUGCGAAGAAUUCCGUAAAAUUAAACCCAAAAACUCGAAAGUCGAACGAGAAGAGAAACGGGUAUUAGGAUUUGUACUGCUCAGAGGCGAGAGCAUAGUCUCACUAACUGUAGAAGGGCCUCCACCACCAGAAGAGGGACUUCCUCGGGUGCCUAUUCCCGGAGCAGCCCAAGGACCAGGUAUCGGAAGAGCAGCAGGUAGGGGAAUGCCACCGGGUAUGGCUGGAGUCCCAGUAGGUCUGCAAGGUCCCGUGAGAGGAGUCGGAGGACCAUCCCAGCAAGUAAUGACGCCUACGGGUAGAGGACAGGUUUCGGCGCCGCCACAAAUGAACCAAGCGCCUCCGAGGAUGGGUGGCCCUCCGCCUGGUAUGAUGGGGCCUCCGCCCGGAAUGAUGGGCAUGCCGCCGCAAAUGGGCAUGGGGCGCGGUGGACCGCCUCCGAUGGGUAUGAGGGGUCCCCCGCCCGGUAUGAUGAGAGGUGGCCCGCCCGGACCGCCAAGGCCUUAUUAAGUGUACCUCUAAGACUUUAUUUUUGAUAAGUUUAAUUUAGAGUUGGAUUGAGAUGAUUCGUGAUUGUUGUGUGAAUUAACUGAAUAAUUUUGGUAUAAUAUUACUUGCAAUUAUUCGAGAUGUUCUUUUUUCAAAUUUCAUUUAAUGCUAAAGUCGAUAUCUUGUAUUCUUUGAUUUUUUUUAUUCUCUAGACCAAUUAAACUUGAUUGUUUAAAAGGAAUCAUUCAUGUUUUAUUUUAUUAUAAGGAUAUGUAUUUUUAUUUGAAACUGAUAGAAUAAAGUAGUUAAU